AUGGCGGAAACGGUAAGAAGAGACGAGAUCUAUAACAAGGAAUACAGAAGAAUACGGCGUAUAACUAAAGAUCUAGAAAUUCGACAGAUUUCUUCUGAAUAUGGCCUUACGGAGGAACAAGUUGCAGAAUUCAAGGAGGCGUUUAUGCUGUUCGAUAAGGACGAAGACGGCACGAUCACGAUGGCUGAACUGGGCGUCGUGAUGCGAUCACUUGGUCAGAGACCUUCGGAAACAGAGCUUCGAGACAUGGUGAAAGAAGUGGAUCAGGAUGGAAACGGCACUAUAGAAUUCAACGAGUUCCUUCAGAUGAUGUCGAAGAAAAUGCGCGGGUCGGAUGGGGAAGACGAGCUUAGGGAAGCAUUCAGGGUAUUUGAUAAGAACAACGACGGUUUGAUCUCGUCAGUGGAACUGCGCCAUGUGAUGACAAACCUAGGCGAGCGGCUCAGUGAGGAGGAGGUCGAUGACAUGAUCCGCGAAGCCGAUUUGGACGGAGACGGCAUGGUCAACUACGAUGAAUUUGUGACAAUAUUGACGUCGAAAAACUAG